UCAUGCAGCCCCUGCGUUUAUAGCUUCAGGGCUUCCUUUCUGGCUUUAAUAUAUUGCUAAUGGCUUGUGGAAACCGACCCUUUUAUACUGAGGUUAAAGCCUCUUAUUCAACAGAAUUAAAUCCAGUAGAAGGAAAGUGGCCAUGGAUUGUAAGCAUCCAAAAGAAAGUGGAAUUAGGCUACAAGCAUAUCUGCGCCGGAACCAUUUUGAAUAACGAAUGGAUUAUUACAGCUGCUCACUGCUUUAAGGACUGGAAAGAAGGUGACCCAACAACUCCACUGAGAGUUCUGCUUGGAACCUUCUACCUGUCAGAAAUUGGAUUAAGAACUCAGAGCCGAGGAGUUAAACAGCUGAUAAAACAUGAUCAAUAUGAUCCAAUCACUGAGAGCAAUGAUAUUGCCUUGAUUCAACUGGAUAAGCAAGUUGAAUUCAGUGAUCAUAUUCAGCAAGCAUGUUUCCCUAAGGAAUCUGCUGAUCUGAAGGAUCUGAUCGACUGUUCCAUCGCAGGAUGGGGUGCCCAAGGCAAGCAUUUGGAUGAACCAUCUCAAUUCCUGCAAGAGGCACAAGUGGAACGAAUUGAUACGAAGCACUGCAACAAGUGGUACCAAGGAAUCUUAGGAGAGAACCAUCUGUGCGCAGGCCAUCGCAAGGGGCCAGAAAAAACUUGCAAUGGUGACAGAGGAUCGCCAUUAAUGUGUAGAACAAAGAAGAACAAUGUAUAUUCAGUAAUAGGAAUACUAAAUUGGGGUUCAGGCUGUGGACAAACCCGAUCCCCGGGAGUUUACAGCCCUAUUCAGUCCCAUAUUAAAUGGAUUGUGGAAAAAGUAAAGAAUGAAGCAGUUAAAGCCACAAUUCAAGGGAAGAGAUUAGUUCCAAAACUACUCUUUCCUUUGGUCAAACCUGAUCAUAUGAACCCAAACAGAAACACUGCGCAAAAUUCAGAAGCAGAAAUAAAGGAAACUGAAAACACAGGUCAACAAAGUACCCCAGUUCCACCAAUGUCUCCAGCAGAGCUUAAUUCUGCAUAUAAAGCCCAGACGGCUGAGAAUAUCAGUAGAAGGAACGUCCUAAAGCGACUCCUGGCUGCUGCAGCCAAGCUCUUUAAAUAGAGCCCCUAUGCACAUUUAUUUAAAAUGUUUUUACAAUUUAAUUUUGGUAUCGUUUAUUUUUAUAGAAAACUGUAUAUGUUUUUAUAUAGAUUUUAAAAUAUUUUUUUAUAAAAAAUUUUAAAAACAUAGAAAAUGCUUAUUUUUAUAUUAAAAUUUGUGAAGCUUUUGCAUAUAAAUAAAGCUAUAUUUUUAUAUAAUAA